CCCCUGACCUGUUUGUAUUCUUGUCCACUCGGGCUUCGAUCUUCUACAACUACCCUUUCGCCGUAGGUCGCCACGAAACUGCUCUCGACCCUGCAAACGAUCAAGGGUCCGAAAAUGGCGACAAGAAAUCCCAUCGACCUGGGCACCGUCCUGGUCGUCGGCGGCUGCGGGUUUGUCGGCUCGCAUAUCGUCGAUCAGCUGCUCAACUUCCCAUCGGAAACGGACCCCAGCGCUGCCCUCCCCAAACCUCAGGGUGACAAGCGAUUUGACUACCCACCCGCGCGUGACCGUUAUCCGAGCUACAAGGCCAAGGUGGCCGUUGUCGACCUGAAGACGACGAACAAUCGCUUGCCGGGAGCGACAUACUACGAUGGCGAUCUUACGUCGAAGGAAUCUAUGCUUGAGGUCUUUCGCAAGGUCAGGCCGGACGUAGUGAUGCAUACGGCUUCAUUAAUGUUGGAUGGAAACAAGGAAUUGCUGCGCAAGGUCAAUGUGGAUGGAGCCAAGAACCUGCUGGAAGUCGCGGGCGGCGCGGCGGGUGACUGGGGUGGAAAGUGCAAGGCGUUUGUCUACACGAGUUCCUCAUCAGUGGUGCACGACACGCAGAGUGACCUGGUUAAUGUGAACGAGGAAUGGCCUUAUAUCCGGGGCAGGCUGCAGGUGGAAUACUAUUCAGAGACGAAGGCGGACGCAGAGGAGAUGAUUCUCAAGUACAACCGCGCCUCGCCGUCUGGAAUGCUCACUUGCGCUGUCAGGCCGGCUGGUAUCUACGGCGAGAAGGACACCACGUUCACCUUCAAGAUUCUCGAGCACGCCUCCAAGGCAUCCCCUGCCGUCCUCCGCUUGCAACUCGGAGAAAACAACAACCUCUUCGACUUUACCUACGUCGGAAAUGUGGCCUAUGCUCACAUGCUUGCGGCCAAGGCGCUCCUCGCUACCUUCUUGCGGUACGAGUCUGGUCUGGGUGCGGUCCUCGACCACGAGCGUGUAGACGGAGAGGCCUUCAAUGUCACAAACGACUCACCGGUAUAUUUCUGGGACAUGACCAGGGCCGCUUGGGCGCUGAGUGGUAAAGUGGUGGAGCCACAUGAAGUCUGGGAGCUUCCGGAGGGACUCCUAGGUGUCGUGGGUGGAAUUGCGGAAACAGUACUGGGGCUAUUUGGCAAGAAGCCGCGCCUGACGAGGCAGACUGUGCGAUACUCGUGUAUGACGCGUUACUACUCGUGUAACAAGGCCAAGCUCAGGCUUGGUUACAAGCCCAUCGUGCCGGUUGACGAGGGCCUCGCCAGAGCUGUGGGAUACAUAGUCGAGCGGGAAAGGCAGGAAUCGGGAAAGAAGACGUUGUAAUCUCUUGAAUUUCGCAUGAAUAAAAAGGGAGCCCACCGAGAAAACAUCUCAUGCAUGUACAUGUAUAUAACUAUCGCGAAAACCUACCAGGCUGGAAAGUAGGUAUAAACCUUUUCAGAUAUAAUUGCUUUAAUA